AUGAUGAUAAUCGGCGCCUGGACGAUGCAUUCUAUUGUCGGAGCUUGUUUACUUCGGCCACUAAAAUCUCCUAAAAAGAUUAUCAAAACAGAAAUGAAGAGCAAAGUUUCCGACGAAACAGAACUGCCGCUGAUGGAAAAGACACUGAAUGAAUCUCCGAGUAAAUUAGACUCAAAACCUGAAAACGAGUGUCUGAAUUUUCUCAAGUCAUUUACUGACAUAUUUAACUUAGACUUACUAAAAAAUUUUUCAUACUUGAACGUCAUCUUCGGGCUGAGUCUCUUUGCCGUUUCUGAGGUUAACUUCAAGUUGGUUACGCCAUUUUUUUUGCGUAACACCAUUGGAAUGACUGAAGGUGAAGUUGCGUUUUGUUUAUCAUUGACGGCAUUCACCGACAUCUUUUCGAGAUUAAUGCUACCGGUUAUUUAUGAUAAGUUUGGGUUUAAGAAGCGACGUCUUUUUUGGGUUAAUGCGCUUUGCCUCGCAAUUGGAAGAUCUGUUUUUGCGGAACAAACAAAAGGCAUGUGGUUGUUUGCAAUCCUGGUAGUAAAUGGAUUUAUUCGGGGAGCAGUCAUCCAAAAUUUGAAUCUCUCUGUCUCAGAAACGUGUUCUUUGAAAAGCUUACCUCACGCUUAUGGAUUUUUUAUGGUGUUCAAAGGAGUAUCUUCGCUUUUAUUAAGUCCAAUUGUUGGUAAGUAAUUUUAGGCUAUUUUUAUGAAAAUAUAAUUAGCAGACAUAUGACAAUUU